AAAAAAAAACAGUGCAUAGUUCGGUCAGUCACUGUUUUUAUAUAGUAUCAGCUCUGCCAUCAUUUCUUUCAUCGAGAAGGCAAUUAGUAAAUACUUUCUUUCAGGCUACAAUGAUUUCAAUUUCCGGAAAUGAAGACAUCGAUAAUAUGAUUAUGGACAAGAUCCAGACGAAGAAAGAGGAAGCUGCAGGAAAGAAGCAACAGAAAGUUCCUUUGCUAAAACUUUUCGCAUUUGCCGAUUUUUACGACUUCGUGUUGAUGGGGCUGGGAUCAAUCGGUGCUUGUAUUCAUGGAGCUGCAGUGCCUGUCUUCUUCAUUUACUUUGGAAAAUUGAUAAAUAUCAUUGGACUGGCUUAUCUCUUUCCUCAACAAACUUCUCACAAAGUUGCCAAGUACUCGUUGGAUUUUCUAUAUCUCAGUGUGGCUAUGUUAUUUUCGUCAUGGACGGAGGUGGCAUGUUGGAUGCAUACUGGAGAACGACAGGCAGCAAAGAUGAGAAUGGCCUACUUGGAUUCAAUGUUGAGUCAAGACAUAAGCGUAUUCGACACUGAAACAUCCACCGCGGAGGUCAUAACCUCAAUUACAAGCGACAUUCUUGUUGUGCAAGAUGCCAUUUCCGAGAAGGUAGGGAAAUUGAUGCACUAUAUAAGCCGAUUUCUAGUUGGCUUUAUUAUUGGAUUUAUCAGGGUAUGGCAAAUCAGUUUGGUGACAUUGUCUGUGCUCCCUUUAAUCGCUCUUGCUGGUGGCUUCUAUGCAUAUAUAGCAACCGGCCUUAUUAUUAACGUUCGCAAAUCUUAUGUCGAGGCUAGUCAAAUCGCUCAGGAGGUAAUUGGUAAUAUCAGAACAGUGCAAUCAUUUACAGGAGAAGAAAGGGCAGUGAGAUCAUAUAAAGAAGCUCUAAGGAAUACCUACAAGCACGGAAGAAAAGCUGGUUUGACGAAGGGUCUUGGAAUGGGAACCCUGCAGAGUCUUCUAUUCCUCUCGUGGGCUUUACUUGUUUGGUAUACUAGCAUAGUUGUUCAUAAGAACAUUGCCAAUGGUGGUGACUCCUUCACCACCAUGCUCAAUGUCCUUAUUGCUGGAGUAUCCCUGGGAAUGGCAGCACCAGAUAUUUCUGCAUUUUUUCGAGCCAUGGCAGCAGCUUACCCCAUUUUUGAGAUGAUUGAGAAGAACACAGUAAGCAAAUCAAGCUCAAAAACUGGCCAAAAACUAGGAAAAUUGGAGGGUCACAUCGAAUUCAGGGACGUAUGUUUUUGCUACCCAUCACGUCCUGACGUAGUUAUUUUCAAUAAAUUUCGUCUUGAUAUACCUUCUGGGAAGAUUGUAGCUCUUGUCGGAGGAAGUGGAUCAGGAAAGAGCACGGUUAUAUCUUUGAUCGAACGCUUCUAUGAGCCUCUAUCCGGAAAGAUACUGUUAGAUGGGAAUGAUAUCAGGGACCUUGACCUCAAGUGGCUACGGCAACAAAUUGGACUAGUAAAUCAGGAGCCUGCCCUUUUUGCAACAAGUAUUAGAGAGAACAUUCUCUACGGAAAAACUGAUGCAACCCUUGAUGAACUUACAAGUGCUGCUAAACUUUCAGAAGCUAUGUCCUUUAUCAACAACCUCCCUGAUGGAUUGGAAACUCAGGUUGGUGAGAGAGGAAUACAACUAUCAGGUGGCCAAAAACAAAGGAUUGCAAUAUCACGAGCAAUAAUAAAGAAUCCUUCAAUUCUUUUACUAGAUGAAGCUACAAGUGCCCUAGAUGCUGAGUCUGAGAAAAGUGUGCAAGAGGCACUUAAUCAUGCCAUGGUGGGAAGAACUACUGUAAUUGUGGCUCAUCGUCUUUCAACCAUUAGGAACGCAGAUGUAACUGUUGUUCUUCAGGAAGGGAAGAUAGUGGAAAUCGGAAGCCAUGAAAAGCUCAUCUCAAAUCCAAAUAGUACAUACGCAUCACUUGUUCACCUUCAGGAGGAAGCUUCUGUGCAAUGCCACUCCUCUGUAAGUCCUUCCGUGGGAUGGCCACUCAGACAGUAUUCAGGAGGUUUGUCCUACACAAGGACAAGCUUUAGUGCGAGUUUUCGUUCUGAAAAAGAUUUACGUAGUCAUGCUGGUGUUGAUACAAUGGAGCCUAUCAAGCCAAAACCUGUUUCACUGAAAAGACUGUAUUCCAUGCUUGGCCCUGAUUGGAUUUAUGGCGUUGUUGGAACCAUUAGUGCCUUUGUUGCUGGAGCGCUGCUGCCACUUUUUGCAUUAGGAAUGGCUCAAUCUCUUGUAGCCUAUUACAUGGACUGGCACACAACCUGUCAAGAGAUCAGAAAGAUUUCAAUCCUAUUUUGCUGUGGUGCAGUAAUUAGCAUUUUCGCCUACGCCAUUAUGCAUCUGUGUUUUGGAAUCAUGGGAGAGCGACUUGCUUUUCGUGUGAGAGAAAUUAUGUUUUCUGCCAUUCUGAGGAACGAAAUUGGAUGGUUUGAUGACUUGAACAAUACCAGUCCAAUGCUCACAGGACGUCUACAGAGUGAUGCAAUUUUGUUGCAAACAAUAGUUGUUGAUCGCACAACAAUUCUCUUACACAAUGUUGGUCUGGUUGUCACCUCAUUUAUCAUUGCUUUCAUCUUAAACUGGAGGAUCACACUUGUUGUCAUAGCCACAUAUCCACUCCUGAUCAGUGGUCACAUCAGCGAGAAACUCUUUAUGCAAGGCUUUGGUGGCAACUUGAGCAAAGCAUAUUUAAAGGCUAACAUGCUGGCUGGAGAGGCUGUCAGCAACAUCCGCACUGUUGCAGCAUUUUCUGCUGAAGAGAAGAUCCUUCAUCUUUAUGCCCAUGAGCUUGUGGAACCUUCCAACCGCUCAUUUCUUCGUGGUCAGAUCGCAGGAAUAUUCUAUGGUGUAUGCCAAUUCUUCAUAUUCUCAUCUUAUGCGCUUGCACUAUGGUAUGGUUCUGUUUUGAUGGGAAAGGAGAUUUCUGGAUUUAAAUCUAUCAUGAAGUCAUUUUUUGUUUUGAUUACAACUGCAAUAGCCAUGGGAGAAACUCUGGCGAUGGCUCCAGAUAUUCUGAAAGGGAACCAAAUAGCAGCGUCUGUCUUCGAGCUGCUGGACCGCAAGACACAGGUGAUUGGGGAUGCUGGAGAAGAGUUGAAAAAUGUGGAAGGUACAAUUGAGCUAAGAGGGGUCCAAUUCAGCUAUCCUUCUAGACCAGAUACAUUGAUUUUCAAGGACUUCGAUUUCAGAGUGUGUUCAGGCAAGAGUAUGGCUUUAGUGGGCCAAAGUGGCUCCGGUAAAAGUUCUGUUCUUGCUCUGAUUCUUCGUUUCUAUGAUCCAACAGCAGGAAAAGUGAUGAUUGAUGGCAUAGACAUCAAGAAACUGAAGCUGAAAUUCCUUCGGAAACACAUUGGUCUUGUCCAACAAGAGCCACCUCUUUUUGCCACCUCAAUCUAUGAGAACAUCUUAUAUGGAAAAGAAGGGGCCUUGGAAGGAGAAGUAAUUGAAGCGGCUAAGCUUGCUAAUGCCCAUAGUUUCAUCAGCGCCCUUCCCGAGGGCUACUCAACAAAGGUUGGUGAACGAGGGGUGCAACUAUCUGGUGGCCAGAAGCAAAGAGUGGCCAUUGCCCGAGCAGUUCUGAAAAACCCAGAAAUCUUGCUAUUAGACGAGGCGACCAGUGCUCUAGACGUGGAGUCAGAGCGUGUCGUGCAACAAGCUCUAGAUAGAUUGAUGACAAACCGAACAACAGUCAUAGUAGCACACAGGUUGUCCACUAUAAAGAAUGCUGAUGAAAUAUCAGUUAUACAAGGCGGGAAGAUAAUACAGCAAGGCACCCAUUCCAAUCUUAUAAACAACAUGGAAGGAGCAUAUUUUAAGUUAGUAAGACUUCAGCAGAGAGAAUAAUAGCAUCAACAGCAGGAAUAUAGAUUGCCCUGCCUCUCAUGCGGAUGUGAUAUCUCCAUUGUUUUAUCCUUCUAUAUAUACAUAGUCUCCUCUGUGUUGUCUAUCUGAAAAUAAUAAUAUGUUGGGACCUGCGGUCCAAUAUUAGAAGUUGCAUUUUCUCAUUCACCUGUUCCCUAAAUAUUCAGCCAAAUGUUUCCCUCCAUAUUUUAUAUCGUGUAUCGUUGGAAUUUUAUUUUCAAUUUAGUCGUUUGGUUUUUCAAA